GAUUCAUGCUCGUUGACAGUUCACGAAAAGCCCAACAUAUAAGUCCUAUGUCGUUGGCGUGCAAUAUGGAUCGACUUUUUAGUUUUCGUAUCGUAAUUGCGAUUUUGGCUGUCGUUCUUGAAGUCAAUUCGCUGAACAACACAACCUCGGCGAGGCUGCAAAAGUUUGUGAACUGCGAGGAUAAAACCUAUGAAUCGAGGAAGGCGAUCUAUCGCGACUACUGGGUGCUGGAGAACUACGUAAUGGCGGGUCACGGGCAGCUCUCGUGCUAUGCAAACGUCACCUACUCCAGCCAUGCGGACUACACAUAUCUGGAUAAUGUAGUACCCCUCCUGGAGCGCUGGCGGUCGCCCCUCAGCCUGGCCAUUUACGCCCCUGGCACGGACUUCGCACGCACACUGGAGAGUAUUUUGUACCUGCUGCAGUGUCAUCCUGGCAAGGACUUGGUUCGCGAGCUGUCCAGCUUCCAUCUAUACUUCGACGUGGAGCAUCUGCCCCAGGUGGUGCCUUCGCCCAAGUCGGCUCUGAGGAUGAAAGCCAACUGCAGCGGUCCGCCGCCCUACAAGAAUGCGGCUAGAAGAGACUUGUACAGGACUCAGCAGGGACUCGAUUACCCGGUGAACAUGGGUCGAAACAUCGCGCGCAAGGCUUCGCUGACGCAUUACGUCCUGGCCUCGGACAUCGAACUCUAUCCCACGCCCGGCUUGGUGCCGGACUACCUAAAUUUUCUUGGCCGUCUUGUUAUUGGAAGGCCCGGACAGCAGCCUACCUCGCCAGUGGUCCAUGUGCUGCGUAUUUUCGAGGUGAUGGCAAACGUUUCAGUACCAAGCUCCAAGCCGGAGUUGCAGAAACUGUUGAAAUCGGGUGAAGCCGUUCCAUUUCAUAUGGAAAUCUGCGCGGUUUGCCAUCGGGGACCCAAGCUGGAGGAAUGGAUAAAUGCAACAGUGGUCUCCGAGGGUCUGAGCGUCUUCAAUGUGGGUCAUCGCUCGCAACAUGACAACAUGUGGGAGCCGAUCUUCAUAGGCACCGUGGAGGAUCCACCCUACGACGAGCGACUGACCUGGGAAGGUCAGAGGGACAAAAUGACACAGGCGUACGCAAUGUGCGUACUAGACUACGAGUUCCACAUCCUUGAUAAUGCCUUUUUGGUCCAUAAGCCGGGCAUCAAGCAACCCGCCAAAAGUAAAUCAAACUUCCAACAUUCCACCCGGCGCACCAAUGGCCUCAUCAAUAGAAAAAUUUCUAAGGAGCUAAGGAUUAUGUACGGUUCUCGAAAUGGAUGUGUCAUUUAGGAUAUUUAUCGUAUACGGUUUUCAAAAUUUCGUGUUAAUAUAUGAGAUAUUUUUGGCAGAGAAAAGUUUAAAAUUUUAAGUAUAAAAAAACUCGUAGUUAACUUUAAACUUA